UUGAUCGCAGGCUUACAAAUUUGAAAUAAGUUCCCGGAUUCUUCCUCUCUGUCUCUCUCUGUGGCCAUUUUGGUACGAGUUUGAUCAUGGCCAAAAGAACGAAGAAGGUUGGAGUUGUAGGCAAAUACGGCACACGAUAUGGUGCUUCUCUGAGGAAGAUGAUAAAAAAGAUUGAAAUCACUCAGCACUCUAAAUACACAUGCUUUUUCUGCGGAAAAGAGACUCUAAAGAGAAAGUGUGUAGGCAUCUGGCACUGCAAAGGAUGUGGAAAAACAGUUGCUGGAGGAGCCUGGGUUGUAAGCACAACUGCUGCUGCCACUGUYAGAAGUGCUGUCCGUCGUCUUAGGGAUAUGCAAGAAACUUARAUAUUCACAWUGCAAUGUUGAACAUAUUGUAUAAUAAAUUUGGCCUUCAACCUUCA